AUGUUAUUAAGAUGGUGUGCCCGAAGUAAUGGAAGUGAUGCGCAAUCGCCGACACUGAACACAUGCAGCACAGAACUAGCCACUGAUUACAAUGGUCAACCAAAACAAGCCAGGGAAAGAGCCACAUCUUAUUUAGAAACUGAUGCUCAUUCAUCAUUGCUGUCUAUUCACGGCAGCGCUUCUGACAUGCAACGAGGCGGUAUUGAACAUUUGAAUCCGCCUAAAACUAGUGUUAUCACAAUCAAUAACAAUAAAAAAUCUGUUGCUGCCUGGAGGAACACGGUGGCGUUGGCACGUCGUAAAACACGUCGGAAGGAUUUAGCGCCCGGCGGAGGUCCAUUCACCGUACUUCUAAUUCAAAUCCUCGAAAGCCGUGCGAUUUACCGUCACAUUCACAUUCUAAUUCAAAUUGCUUAUUUGAAAAAGGCAUUUUUGAUGUUGACUCUAAAUAUGAUCUUUUGGAUGCCAUAUUGUGUUAUGGGUAUUUUGAGUACGAUUAUGAUAUUGGACCAUUCGGCNAAUGCGCUCGUCGUGCUCAAUGCCGUUUCGAAUUUAUUUCUGUGA